CUUGAUUAUAUGCCCUUAAUUCAACAAAAUCUACAAUGAACCUUAAGCAUGUGUUAAGGGCCGAUAUUAAAUAAAAGAAAAGAAAUUAAGGGUCAAUAUAUCUACAGUUACCAAAUUAAAAAGAAAAAUUAUACAUAAAAAGUCAUUAUCUCCACAAAAAUAUAACCUUCUCCUCCUUCAUUAGCACUCUCUCCCCGCCGCAAACGCCGUAACGGGGAUGCUCUCACCAUAACGCCGUUUGAAUCUUCCCCCGUUUUGCGCACGUGCCAAUAAUCCAAAACUUAAAAUCCCGUUCUCGAUGUCUUUAGAACCGUUGGCGCUGGGAGUGAACGUCGCUGACGGUGACGGUAACGUUAACGGCGAUGCCGAGAAUAAUAAUAACAACAAUAAUCCCACCCCGGAAGGCGGAGAUGACGGCGUCAAGACGGCGAGACUGCCACGCUGGACACGUCAGGAGAUCCUGGUGCUGAUCCAAGGGAAGAGAGUGGCGGAGAACAGAGUCCGGCGAGGGAGAGCGGCGGGCAUGGCGCUCGGGUCGGGUCAGAUGGAGCCGAAGUGGGCUUCGGUGUCUUCCUACUGCAGGCGUCACGGAGUGAACCGGGGGCCGGUUCAGUGCCGGAAGAGGUGGAGUAACCUCGCCGGAGAUUUCAAGAAGAUUAAGGAGUGGGAGUGUGGGGUUAAGGAGGAGGCUGAGUCUUAUUGGGUGAUGAGGAACGAUGUUCGUAGAGAGAGGAAGCUUCCUGGUUUUUUCGAUAGAGAGGUUUAUGAUAUUGUCGACGGUGGGGUUGUUCCUCCGGUGAAUCCGGGGCUUGCUCUUGGUUUGGCUCCGGCGUCGACGGAGGUGGAGGAGCCGGGGAGGAGUUUGGAGAAGUUGAGUUCGGCUAAGUCACUUCAGGAUGUUAUAGACAAGGAGAAGCAAGCAGCUAGUGAAGCAGCAGAUCAAGGUGGACUGAAAGAGAGACAUCAAGAAGCAGCAAAUCCAGAAGCUGGAUCAACAUCACAAGAAGAGAGAAAGCGUAAACGGACAUCUGAUGGUGAAGAAGAAGGAGGAGGAGAAGCCACAAAGAGCAGGCAGGACCAAUUGAUAGAGAUACUAGAAAGAAACGGGCAGUUACUGGCUGCGCAGCUUGAAGUUCAGAAUACGAACUUAAAGCUAGAUAGAGAGCAGAGAAAAGAUCAUGGUGAUAACUUAGUAGCUGUUCUCAACAAGCUCGCUGAUGCUGUGGCCAAAAUCGCAGAUAAGUUGUAGAUAUUGGUAGUAAUACAUCUAUUUAUGUAUAUUCUAUCGAGUAUUGGUUCAACAUUGUUUCUCAUUAUUCUUCUUCUAUUCUUAUUUACCACCAUUGUUGAUUGAAUAUCGAUGCCACCUCAAGAGGCUCUGUGGACAUGUUAUAUCAACAAUUAAACAUGGAGAAUUAUACAGUUUUUGGACAACAGUUUUGUCUUCAUUCUGCCCUUGUCACUGAUUCAUACAUCUUAAAAAAUAAACUAAUAAGACAUGGAGAUUUAUACUGUUUUAGAACAUCAAAUAUAUUUGUUUUGCCCUUUAGACACUGAUUCAGAGACAUAUAUAA